UAUCUUUUUUUUCAUUCGAUUCGUUUCAUUUUGUUUUCCAGAUUCCGCUCCUUUUAUGUAAAUUUACGGGGGCCAAAAUAAGACCCAAUCACACGACGUUUUCUCUAUCACGUGACUAUAAUUUAUGGGGCGCAAAAUACAAAACAACAAGUCGGCCAUUUUGUUCUCAAAAGUUCAAAAAAAAAAUUUUUUUUCUUUGAUAAUAUCAUGUCUCACGAUCGAGAAAGGCUUAUUAUCCCAAGUUUAAGCGUGGAAGAUGCUGUUUCUCUUUCCAAUUCGCUGUUUGACAACAAAAUGGUUCUCACAGAGGAUGAUAUCAAACGACCUCAGUUCCAAAGGCUUAGGAAAUUUUACACCAAUCUCCUGGUAGAUCAUGUGGGCAUUCCACAAGAACUAGUUACUCAGCCACACUUCAGCUCUAUGGCAUCAUUUGAACAUCCAGAUUUACAAGAGGAAAGUGCAGUUCUUUUUACAUUCACCUUAGCCUUGCAGAGGUUUAUGUUUGCAUGUGGAGUGGAGGAUUUUACCAUCAAUGAUCUUCAGUCACCAAAGCCCAAAAGAACACUAUAUUGCAUAAGUGCUGUGCUUAAUUUCAUCAAAUUUAAACACUGUGAAGUUGAAGUUUAUAACAAGGCUAUAGAAGAAGUGGAAUCACUUGGAGAUAGGAGACAUCAAACUCUUGAGAGAAAUGCUUCUGUGAGACAAAGGAUCCAACAACUCAGAGUUCAGAGAGCUGAGGAAGAGGCUCAAGCACAACAGCUUAUGCCAGCCGUUGAAGCAUUGCAGUCCUCCAUCAGUGAACUAAACAGAGAACAGGCUGCAGAAGCCAAAGAAUAUCAACAACUGAAGACAACCAAUGCCGAACAGGCUUCUAAAAAGGCCGAGUUAAAUGUAUCACUUGCAGGACAAAAAGAACAGUGUGAGAACCUCAAAUCAAAGAUUGUUCAGUCUCCAGAUCGUUUUAAAGCUGAAAUCUCAAGACUGACCAGUGGACUGCAGUCAGUCAAGAAUUGUAUCAAGGAAAGAAGUGAUAGAUUCAGGGAACUGGACAACCAAAAAGAUGGCAGAUUAGGUUACAAUGAGAAUGUUCAAAAUACUCUCAAGUUGAUGAAGUCCAUCAGUACGGGGAUAGAAAAAGAACGUGAGUCAUUAGCCAGGCUGGAGGAAAGUCAGGAUAAAACAAGGGCUCAGAAGGAAGCAUUAAAAGACUUUAUAGUGAAAAUACAGCAUUGUAAAAGACAAGCAGCUUCCAAACAAGACAAAGCAUCACGCACUACACGACAGCAUGAGAAAAAAUUGGCAGCUCUGAUUGAACAGAAUCAACAAUUAAAGAGAGAGGACAAUAACUAUGUUGAAAAGAAUGCUGGCRAGCUGAUGUUCAAUUGCAAAAAUAUUGACAGUAAAAUGGAAGAAAUUAUGCACACGAUUGAAGACAGGGAGAAUCAAUCUGAGCAAGAGAUCGCAGCUUUACAAGAUGCAUACAAAAGACUGCUUGAACAGAUUGGUCUGUACCACGAGUCUCUAAACCAGGCUUGGGCUAAGGUAUCGCAGUCAGUAUAGAUUACUAACCCUACUUAUAAUAACACUGGUAUGCCAACCAUAGUAAUUCAUAGAGCCAGACCUUGUAGAUUACAUGUAUUAUAUUAUUAAGGUUUAUAACCAGGCCCUAAGAUGUCUGGUAGUCCAAGCUGAACCUUUGGUUUUAUUAAAUGUAUUUUAACUUAAAAUCA